AUGAAAGAAUCAGAAAACAAUAAUACGAAGACCAUUGAUGCAGAAAUUCGCAAUCUUUGGUCAGAGAGUAUUAAUUACCGCGAUCAACGUCAAAAAUCUAACGAUGAAAUUUAUGAUUUUAUUAUUGUUGGGGCUGGAACUGCCGGAUGUGUAUUAGCAAGAGAACUGAUUUAUAAUGUUCCCAACGUUAAUAUUUUGGUAUUAGAAGCUGGUCCACCGAGUGCUCAUGUUAAUGAUAUAAUGCGUUUACCUUGUACUUUUCCUGCGGCUUAUCGAGCAAGUGAAGUAGAUUGGGGAUAUAUAACAGAAGAUCAAAAAAUGCCCAGCAUUACCGAACCUGCAAAAGAAGUAUUAAAUAAAGGGUUCACUUACCCACGUGGUAAGGUCAUUGGAGGAUGCAGUACUGUAAAUGCAAUGGUUUAUAUACGAGGUCAAAGGGCUGAUUAUGAUAGUUGGGCGGCACAAGGUCCUGAAUACAAAAUUUGGGAUUACGAUCAUUGUCUUGAGGCUUUCAAAGCCGUGGAAAACAACGCGCGUGAAAACCCUGACGAAGAAUUUAAGAAGUAUCACGGGUUCAAUGGCCUACUUCACGUUCAAGAUAGUCCAACUGAUACUUACGAGGUUACAAAAGAUUUCAUUAAAGUUGCAAAUAAUCUUGGCAUUCCUUGUAAUAAAGACUUUAAUGGUGCUAGACAAAAUGGAGCAUUAGGACGCCCUUAUGGUUUAGCUUCCGGCGUUGCAAAGAUCAUUGCUGUUAAUGUUAAAUCUUGUGCACACAUGCUAAGUAUUAUUUGGGAUGAAGAAAAGGAAGAUGAAAAUAUAGCAAUUGGCGUUAAGUAUUUUUGCAAUGGUGGAGUUCGUAAUGCUUAUAUUGCUCCAAAGGGAGAAGUGAUUAUUUGUGGUGGUGCUAUUAAUAGCGCUCAGAUUUUAAUGCUAUCAGGAAUCGGUCUAAAAAAUAAUUUGGAAGCAAAUAAUAUCAAAGUUCGUAAAGAAUUACCAGUUGGACGUAAUCUACAAGAUCAUCCUUUAUGUAUGGUUACUGGGAAAAUUUCUAUUCCAAAUAAUACUUCUCAAUUUCAUACUUGGUGUAGUGGAAUGAAGCUUGGAAUGAUUUAUAAAGGAAAUGCCAAAGGAAAAUUUCCUAGUCAUGAAGAAUUCCUUGAUGAACAUCCCGAUAUUCAAUCUUAUGUAACCACAAUUGUAUAUGAUCCUAUUAUUAAUGAAUAUGUUAAUUCUAAACAAUGCCCACCAAAUUUUGAAACGGUUACUUUGGUCUCUGUUUUAAAUCCUCCAUUGAGUGCCGGUCACCUGGAAUUAUGUAGUUCCAAUUCAUUUAUGCAACCAAAAAUAUUUCUCAAUUAUUACGAAAAACCUGAAGAUUUGUAUAGAAUGAUGAGCUCUUUAAAAUUAUUACGUGAAAUUCUUAAACAACCUCCAUUAAGUACUGUAUGGGGCAUAAAAGAACUUGGGUUUAAUGAUGAAUUUGGAAAAUGGUGUAGUGUGGACGAAGAGAUGA